AUGGGAUAUUACAGUGUGCAGUCUUUCUAUAGCUUGCUUGAUUCUGUACCUAAAGUUACUGGAAUUUCAGGAGGUCAGCUAUUCAGCCAAUUUUCAGAAAAAGAAUAUUCAAGAGCUCCAUCCGAAGCUUUUAUUGGGAUGAAAAUAGAAACUUUGAUACUUAGAUAUGCAGAAAAUCAGCACCAAUAUCUUUUUGGCUAUGAAUGCUAUAAAAAAUUAGUUCCACUCAUUCAAAAACUAUAUGAAAAGCAACAACAAGAGAAAAUCUCUUAA